GGGACGGUUGGGGUGGUGGAGGGAUGUAUGGUUAAUAAACCUACCGAAUGCUGAAAAGCCUGGAUACAGUGGACAUGGAGAGGAUGUUUCCAUUAGACGGAGAGUCUGUGAUCUGACAGCACAGUCUCAGAAUAAAGAUGCUUCCCCUUAAAACUCAGAUGAGAAACAUUUAUGGCCAGAAGAUGUCUGAUCUGUGGAAUUUGUUGCCACAGAGGUUGGUUGAAGCUGCCAUUUGGGUAUACAUAUGACAGAGUUUAACAUAUUGAUGAUUGCUGAGCAGCUCAGGGUUACAGGAGGAAGGCAGGAAUGUGGUGUUGGAAUGAAAAUCAGCCAUGGUUAAAUGGUGGGGCAGACCAGUUGGACCAAAUCACCUGAUUCUGUUCCUGUGUCUUGUGUCUUACCGUGACUGGAUGAUGGAUCCUUCUUAUCCCGUAUCGUCUGUGAGAUGUGAGGGACAAUAAAAGAUUGUUUACUGAGGUCAUUACAUCUGCCUUCAGUGUUUAAAUCUCAGUGAGUUUUGUUCUUAGUAACAUUACACAGAAAUGUUUAGUUCUCCUUUUCAUUAUUAAUGUGCUUCAUUGUCUCUCUGGUUAAAGUUAGACCUGUGGUGAGAGAUUUAUUUGAAGAAAAACCCCAACUGGAGGCAAACCACGACUGAAGACGAGGGAGCAGCAACAAGUGAACCAGCCCGAGGACUGAGAGCACCGACUGGAGAGAACCCAUCUGACUCGGAGAUUCCAGUGAUUCAGUCAGGAGAAAGUUUGGUUAAAAAUGAGAAGGAAUUUGUCUCCAGGAAUCUCAAACGCGGCACACCAGUUUUGCUGUCUCUGUCCAGAUAUUUAAGAAGUGGAGCAAGGGAUUCAAUCGACCAUCCUUCCUGCUCAGACUGUGGGGAGGGAUUUAUUCGGUCAUCUGACCAACUGGCACGCCCGUCAUUUUACACAGGAGAAAGGCCAUUCACCUGCUCAGAUAGUGGGAAUGGAUUCACUUGGUUAUCACAAUUGAAGGUACAUCCGCAAGUUCACACUGGGCAAGGCCAUUUACCUGUUCUGUGUGUGAGAAGGGGUUCAGUCUGUCUUCCCAUCUGUGGACACACCAGUCAGUUCACACUGGGCAGAGGCUGGUCAUCUGAAGAAUUUGUGGAGAAGGAUUCACUCGGUCAUCUGAUCUAAUGGCUCACCAGCUAGUUCACUACGGGGAGAGGCCUUUCACCUGCUCGGACUGUGGGAAGAGAUUCAUUCAGUCAUCCACCCUACUGGUACAUCAGCGAGUUCACACUGGAGAGAAGCCGUUCACCUGCUCGGACUGCGGGAAGAGAUUCACUCAGUUAACCCACCUACAGAGUCAUCAGCGAGUUCACACGGGGGAGAGGCCAUUCACCUGCUCAGAAUGUGGGAAAGGAUUCACUGAGUUAUCCAGCCUACAGAGACAUCAGCGAGUUCACACUGGGGAGAGGCCGUUCACCUGCUCAGUCUGUGGGAAGAGAUUCACUCAGUCAUCCACCCUACAGAGUCAUCAGCGAGUUCACACUGGGGAG